AUGGCUUUUUUCAACCUGAUAUUGCUACUAGCUGUCCUACUUGUGGCUACAACCACUUACGCCCAAACAAAUGACACAAAAUCAAAUGAGGAAGAAGAAAAAGAAACAAUAGCAGCAGCAUCAGCAAAUGAAACUGACACUUCUUACCUGAAUGUUCUGCAGUUGCAGAUCAAUGCAACUUCAGUUAAUGAAACAGCACUGUCAGAAAGGAAUUCAUCAUCAUCAUCAUCAUCUGCUGUCGAUCAGCCCCCCAAAUUGGGCUGCUGUUGCUGUUGGGGAGGAUGUGGCGGCGGUGGUGGUGGGUACUGUCCUCCCCCUAAGCCCACACCGCCGCCCUUUGUUCCCUCCGUCUGUCCGCCCUUUCCCAUUGGUCCGUGCUGUAAUCCCUCUAACCCUUGUGGUCCUUGUGGUCCUUGUGGCCCCUGUGGCCCCUGUGGCCCCUGUGGUCCCUGUGGACCUUGCGGUCCUUGCGGUCUUUGCGACUGUGACUGUGACGAUUCGGACACUAUUGUCAUUAAUGAAGAUUACGAUUAA